AUGUUUUUGGAGGAUUUAUGGAAUAAGUGCUCAGGAAGGAAGCUCAUACUAGUCCUGUUCUUUGCUCUUCCAACAUGUGUUUUAAUUGGAAAAUGGUUUACAGGUGAAGUGCCUAUCACCAUCAGCAUCGAACUGGUGGUUGUCUGUGUUGGAGAUCAAGUGACUCUGCCCUGCCAGCUGACAGACAGCAUCCCCUCUAAAACGAGAGUACUUUGGUACAAAAUGGAAAAGGGGAGGGAUGGUCCACUGUGCUCUUCCUCCAGCCUGGGUGGGGUGGUGGAGCAGUGCCAGGAUGAAGAACAGUGGAGGAUCGUGGGAUACUGGCAGAGAAGAACAGUCCUUCUGGUUAUCUGGCAAGUGCAAAUAACUGAUGAGGGGACAUAUGUUUGUGCAGUGAAUGGCAGUGUUGUCACACAGGAGGCUACUACUCACCUUGAUGUUACAGUAAUUGGGUAUAAGCCGACUUUGAACAGGGAUCUGCAAGAGGAGAGUAUGUGUUGCUACACAUGUGAGUCAAAACAAUGGUACCCAAAGCCUGGAGUCAUUUGGAUGAACUAUGGAGGAGACACAAUAAAUGUGGGGGCCAAGACCAAAGUAACCUGGAGCGAGAGAGACCAUUUCAUGGUGCAAAGCAUCAUCACAGUGCCUCGUGAUAAUGUAGAUGUGGUGUGUGUAGUCAAACUCAACAAAUCCAAGAUAAGCCUAUCAGGUUCCAUGAAUGAAAUUACUGUGCCACAGUCAGGCACUUGUACAUACAAGGGCAAAAUAAGAGGUUCCUAUGUAAAGCCCAAAGUGAUGUGGGUUAAUCCCCAAGGAGAAGAUCUAUCUUCACUGGCCCAGACAAACAUUCUACAGGAGAUGGACAGUAUUUUUUAUAUAGAAAGCUCCACUGAGAUGCUCUGUGGACAACCGCCACCUUCUUUUGUGACCACUGAUGGGGAAUGCAGUCCACAGAUUGCUCAACAGUCAGAAAACAGCAACUUGUUCUGGAUUAUCUGCUGCCUUGUUCUCAUUAUUCUGCCAGUGCACCUUCAGAGGCAGAACGACGAGCUCAAGCCACAAGGUGGGACAGCAAAGGGUGCCGAGAAGGGGGACUGCAUGCAGUGUGCUGCCACCAUGGUUCUGUGCUCGCCGGAGCCCAGACUGGGGACGGAGAACCAGAAGCAGGAGAUUGAUGACAUCAAGGUUGAUGGGGACACAGCCCAUCCAAACUUGUCUAUUGCUGUGGACAAGAAGAGCUUUAUGCAUAAAUCAGAGGCCCAGAAGGUGACUCAAAAUGAAGGGAGUUUUGAUGCAUUUGUCUGUGUGCUGGGCUCAGAAAGUUUCUCCUCUGGGAAACGUUACUGAGAAGUGGACAUUGAAAAAAGCAAUGACUGGGACCUGGGAGUAGCCAGAAAAUCUGCUCCGAGGAAAGGAAUAAAGUCUCUGUCACCUGAAGAAGGAUUCUGGGCUCUGGGCUUAAGUUUUAAAUGUUACUGGGCAAGAACUGAUCCAUGGACAUGGCUAGCGGUGCAGAAAAAUCCCAGGAAAGUCAGAGUUUACCUUAACUGUGAAGAGAAAAUUUUGACUUUUUUCAAUGUUACUGACAUGUCUGUGAUGUUCACAUUUAAAGACUGUGCAUUCUCGGAAGAAGUUUAUCCGCUCUUUAAAAACUCACACGAAGAAUCAACCAUGAGAAUUUGUUCAGUUAAAGAGGAAUAA